AUUUGUAAGCGGUUAUUUUGUAAGUCGUUCUGAUCGCGUCGUUGGAAAAUGGAUAUUAUAUCUCGGUUCUUUCAUCUGUUGUGGAAACAAUCGUGAUAACGUUUUAAUAUAAAGUUUGUAGUUUUGUUUGUGGAGUUCAUGAAAUAAGCACAACGUAAGAACGGUCUUGAUGGAGACCCUGGAAGAAUUUGACAGAGAGUGUCCUCUCAUGACUACAUUCUGCAAACUACUUAGCGAGGAGGAGUUUGAACAACAAACCUCAUUUUAUACGGAACAAGCUUUACGGGAUCUGUUCCGGUCCAUGGAAGAAAAUCCCACACUUUAUGAAAAAGUGAUUCGCAGAAGGAAACAAGAAGAGCUGGAACAAGCAGGACUGAAGUCCUUAAUAAAGGCAAAGUUAUUUUCAGCAUUUGAAGGUGACCUGAACCAGUGCAAUGCUGUUAGUGCUGCAGAGCUCAGACAGAGGUUAAAUCAACUUCGAGAUGACAUGAAAAAAGUUCAGAGCUAUGCAAAAGAAGCAAAGUCUGGUGCAAAAAGGACAUCAGCACGACUGAGACAGAAGACCCAAAAUAACACUGGCACUGUUCACCAGAAUUCAGCGUCUCAACCAUGUGUACCACCAGUUCCUCCUCCUCCUCCACCACCACCUCCACCACCACCUCCUCCUCCUCCACUACCAGUCUGCUUUACCCAAACUUUCACACCCUUGAGAGAUCAGACAGAUUUCCAACAGGCUGAUGUUUCUAUAUAUGAAACUCCUGAUAUUCUAGAAUGUUAUGAAGUGCCGAAACAGAAUCUGCGAAGCAAGAGUUUAUACAACGUGCUGGUUGAGUCGCCUUCUGUAGCUUGUAGAGGAGACCCCAUGAGUAGCAUCCAGUCAGAAAUUCUGUCCAGGGAACCUAAGAGCAGACUGCGCUCCACAGGAGUGCCAAAGUCUCCAGGAGGCACCCCACUGCAGACUCCCAAGAAGGCAAGGCAGAAUGACAUUGAAGUAAGCUCACCGCGGACAUCUUUCAAUAUUGCACUGCUUAACAAGUUCCAGAGUAUUCGUAACUCUAUGGAAGGAAUGAAAGACUCGCCCACACACAGUGACAGUGGCAGUUCUGGCUUUGCUACACCCACAGGAACACCUUAACCCAUAAUACUUGUGUUCAAUAGAUGAUGGCUUUCACUGUAAAAGAGAAACAAAGACUUCUGGAAGGAGCACUUACAGAAAGUGUCAUCUUAUUUGAAUAAUGGUAGUCUGCUGUAUCCACGUGCUUUGUCAUAUGUUUCCAUGGUUGACUCUGAGCAGCUGAUGUCUGCCACCUUUUCAUUCAUAAUGACAAAUUUGUGAAUUGUCUUUCUGUUUCUGUAAUUGUAUAGUGUUUUAUGGUUCCAUAUUUUACUGAUCUGGAAGUAGAAGAGUUCCAUUACUGAGCCAGAUUGUAGAUAGUUUUAUAUACAAAAAAUGUAACUCUUCUGUCUUUAUUUUAAAUUUUAAUUUUUUUUGACAAAAACUGCUAUCAGUUAUUUUAGCAUUUUAGAUUGCUUUUACAAGAAAACAAGAUAGUAAGUAAUGAUUCAAGUUGCUAUAGUUGGCAGUAGUCCUCUUAGAGCCUACUUUCUCUUCAUUACUGCUGAUUAUGUAUGCAUAGUUACAGUGGAUGUGGAAUACAGUGGGUAUCGGCAAAGCACAAUAUCAUGCUAAAGUUUUAUAUGUUGUGAUUAGUGUUGAUACUAAAAAAUACCUGCUUUUAAAUGAGUGUCCUUCAGUUUAAAUGGAGAAGUUAAAUCCAGCAGUAUAUGAGCUUAGUUAAUCAACUUGUUUUUAUUAAUGAUCUUUGUUGCAGUGAUCCUGACUACUGGGAUAUGCCAGAAAGGCUGAGUGCCCAUCAGACUUCCAGACCUCUGUACCCUUCUCUUCCAGGUGUGGUUUACAUCCAUCAAGGACCUCAGUACACUGCCAGUAUAAGACAAAGUUCUGUCCUUUCCAUAUCGGGUCUUUCUUUACACAGUUCUUGGCAUAUGUUUCAUCUUUGCACUGCAUCAGUAAUCUAGUGUGGUUCAACCUGCCCUGCUCUGGAGUGCAGUACUCCAUUAUAGAUUUUCCUCCAAAUUUUAUUACACAGAAUAUACCAUUUCAUCUGCCUCUCCCACAGAGAAAAUGUGGAGACUUUCUAUAUAAGAUGAACAAAUACUUCUAAUAGGAGGGUAAGAAGGCAUCACAUGCCCCCAAAAAGAUACUUUGAUUUGUUGGGUCUAAAUGUCCAUUCCUCAUUUUGGGUGCCCUUGAAAAAGCUUUUUUGGCAGCUAAAAAGGGACCCGACUUCUUACUCCCCCUACUUCAAUGAAGCCCGACGGGUACAGGAGUCCAACAAGUUCAUCUGUAUGAGCCCUGUGUUCAGCAAAGGUACCUAUUGGUACAGAAAAGGGUCCAAGUUGGUUUCUGCCUCUGAUACCCUUCCAAAUGACAAGCAAAGUAGAGUGCUAGAUUGCAACUGCCACUCUGGACUUUAGGGUCAUAAGCUGUCAGACACAUGUUCUAGGAUAAUAAUUUGGUCAAGUGACGGAGAAAACUGGGCAUUAUGGACCCCGAGAGCAAAAUUGUUAAACUCGCCCAGAUUCUGUCAGGUGACAAACCAUCCUAUUAAGUGUGAUUUUGAUGCUGUAAAUGCAGCAUCAUGGAGAGGCAUCAACAGGGAGAAUUAUACAAAGACCUACUUUGUCAAGGCCUACAACUCCUUGUAGAGGAUGUCAAAUUGCAUCUUCUUAAUGCAGAAUAUGGUCUUGAUGGCUCCCCUUUGACCUAACAACACCAGCUCUUCCUCCUCAUGGAUACCUCCAUGGGAAAACAUGAACUGCUGCCUCUGCAGUUGAAUCUGUAUCAGAAUAAGGGUACCUUUAAACACCCCAACCUGGAGACCUUGCAACUCACAGCUUGGAUAUUUGACUGUAUUGCCUUUCAAGCAGGAGUUUACUGAAGGCAUUCUUAACACCUAAGCAGGUUAGUAAGGCUACCAUUAGAAAAUCCUGCUUAUCCAAGUGGAAGAUGUUUUCCUUGUGGCAUAAAAGAUAUUGCAACAACGUCAUAGCACUGGUGUCCCUGGUUCUGCAAUAGUUUUUGUGUAAUUCAGGAUUGACCUGUGCUUGAGUUAAGGUGCAUCUUUUUGGCCAUUUCAGCCUGCCUUUCCUUAGACCCAUCUGGUAUCUGUUAAAUACCUUCUAAAAGAAGUCCUACAUAUCACGAGAAAAAAGAGGUCUAUUCCAUGGGACUUGAAUUGCCAAGUCACGCUCUGAGUCGGCAUCCACAGCUCCCCUCAAAUUUAAAUGCUGAAAAAGUAGUAAUCGCCUUUGCCAAGAGUUUCACUGUUUCAAGCUAUGACAAAUGCAAAAAAAAAAAAAAAAAAAGUCUUUCACAAGGAUAGGGUCUGCCAUAGAAUGAACCUCUCCUUUAUGCCAGUAGUAGUCGUGGAACUUGCCCUCAGCCAGACAGUUUAAUUUGCCUUUUUUCUUUCUCAAUCCUAGAAAUGCCGAAACCAGUACUGCUCUCCCUAAACAUGCACUGGUAGCUGAGAUAUAUUUGAACACCAUCAAAGAACAAUAAAAGCUGCUCCAAUCACGUGUUCUUUGCAGGCAGACUGCUAGUGGCUGGCCCACUGUAUCAUAUUGUGACUCCAAUGGUU